AUGACUGCGAAUGAGCGUGCGUUCGUGCAGGAACUCCCUUCUGUCGUCAAGAUCAACUGUUUAGCUGAACCGGAGAACCCCGCACGUUACUCUUACGUUUACGAUCUGCUGGCACGUCGCACCCUUACUCAUCCAGACAACGUCGCCGUUGAAUGCGAUGGAAGAGUGGUAUAUACCUAUGCUGGACUCGACGCCGCUUCCAAUCAAUGCGCGCGAUACUUGAAAGACGUUUUAUCUGUUCGUCCCGGUGACAUUGUACUUCUUUUCCUGACGCAGUCUCCAACGGCAAUCGUUCUCCUCUAUGCGAUUCUAAAGGUUGGCGCAGCAUAUCUCGCUGUCGACAUUGACAUGCCUGCCAUUCCCUUCCACCAAACGAUCGAUAUGACUAACUGCUCGUUAUUCCUGACGGUUACAUCACUAGAGGAGAAGUUGCGUACGAUGAGCCGGGGACGGACUACUGUUUCGAUAGACACCAUGAUAGAGAAAUGGUGCCACUUAGACAGCACUUGGCAGCCUGACCUCUUCCCCAUUGGAAAUCCGAAAAACACUCUGGCGUACCUAAGUUUUACAAGUGGAUCGACUGGUCCCCCGAAAAAAUGCAUGACGUCGCACUCGAAUUUGGUGCACUGGAUCGUCGAAGCUGCACCCGCUUUUGGUCGUACGAUAGAGACACGUCAGCUCAUGGUGUAUGAAUUGUACUGGGAUGGUUCCAUCGAAGAAAUCUUCCUCACGCAUUACGUAGGCGGAGCGGUUUGUAUAGCUAUGAUCCCUGAAAUCAUUUUCCACAUACAUGAAGCCCUCGUUGCAACGAAGGCCAACUCGAUUACCCUUACGCCGACACAGGGUAUGCAGUUGCACCCCGCUGAUUACCCGUUCUUGAAAUCGGUUGUUUUCACCGGUGAAACCUUGACGCAGUUCGUACGAGAGAAAUGGCUUGGUGAUGGACGAACGCUACUCAACGCUUUCGGUCCCAGCGAGUCCAUCUGCGCUUUCACGGUGGAAACUCCUGUCCGCUCGUCAGCAUCAAUCGACACCCCCGUGGGGUUCAGUAUUGGAGGGCAGACACGACUUUACGUUUUAGGUUCUGACAUGAAGUUUGUGCCGGUUGGCUGCGUAGGGGAGAUAUUCGUGUCCGGUCCAACUGUAGGCUUGGGUUACCUUGGAGACCCAGAGGCCACCGCGCGAUCGUUCUUGAUGGACCCAUUCAGGAGAGAGUUUAGGAUGUACCGAACUGGUGACUUCGGCCGUGUUAAUCACGAGGGAAGACUUUACCUCACCGGUCGUCGAGACAGCCAAGUCCAACUACAUGCUUACAGAAUCGAGCUGGGUGUGUUAAUUCAUCAUUUCGAUUUGCAAUUUGAGAUCUUACCCAUCGCAGGAGAAAUCGAGGCUGCUCUCCACGCGGCCGAAAGCAGGUGGUCGAUAGCAGUAGAGGUUGUCACGUACAAUGAAGAGCCACGCAUCGCUUCAUUCCUUGCGCCGCACUUCGUCAGUGGUCCACAUAGUUUGAAGCUUCAGAUUGCAGACGAUGUCAAAGCUGAGAUCCUCCGCUUGAUGUCUUUCAUUCAGCCGAGAUUACUGAAGUUCUGUUACCCUGAACUCUGGAUCCCGGUGGAUGCGCUGCCAUGUACCUUCACUGGAAAGUUGAACCGUAAAUAUUUGCGGGGUUUUUUUCAUGGGUUGUCACCGUCUACGCAGAACGAGCUCGCCAUGCUUUCCACUGCACCAAAACAUGAUGCGUGUUCCGCAGCUCAAGUAGCUUGUAGACUCGGCACAGGGAUAUCGGAGGGUCUUAUGUAA